GGCGCGCUAACGCACCAGCCGCACGUUUCAGCGAUACAACGCGUUUGACACUUUGAAUUUGGAACUUUUUUCCUUCUUUUCACAAUUUUCCCGCCCUUCGUAGUGUUUUUUUUUUUCUAUCAAUUUUGCUAGCCAGUGACUUUCUUACUUUUUUCGUUAAUAAAAAGAAAAUAUUUUUAAGAAUAAAAAACAAUUGACUUCACAAAACAAAAGUGGGUACAUGCAUGCAUAGUUUUACAAAAGUUUAAUCGAUGUGCAAGUUUGUUUAGCACAAAUAAAAAUGUAUUUCAUUAAUAUUUUAUUGGUAAAAGCAAUAGUUUUGGUGGUUACACAUAUUAUAGUUAAUGUGCAUGGUGGAAAUGUUGGAAAUUAUACUUACAUGAACAAUCUGGAUACAAAUGAAAAUUCCGUGGUCGCACUUGCAUCGGAUAUUUGCUUCGACUUAGAGUUUUACCACAUCAACUCCAAUAAGUCCACCCCGUUUUCAGCAGAAAACUGCCAUAUAAAUUUCAUUAAUUCGACUAAGUACCAGGACAAGAAACCACCAAAUAUAGAAGCGAGGUGCACUUACCCGUCGAAGAUUAUUUAUGGUAUAGAGCCCAUAGACGACCCUGGGGUGCGAAGGCUGACAGUCCUCACCAAGAUCCACCCUGCUGCCAUAGAAGGAGAUUAUUUACCCUACGACCUGUUAGAAAACAACAACAAACAGUUGAGCAAAGUUGACAUCUCCUCUGGUGAAUACCAAACCUGGACUACUUUAAUCUCGUUCGACGGGAACCACUCGCCCUGGCUUCGGGGACCCGUCGUACGAUCUUGGAACCAGACAGGGGACGUGAUGAGCAGAAACUACAGCAUUAAAGUGACACAGAAACACCAGGUCGUGAAUGGCACUUCCGCAGUCAGCGCUCUUGUCAGUUGGGAGCCGCUUGAUGCUGAAGACGGCUGUUUCGAUUUCGUGAACUUUUGCAGCGGAAAAACAGAAUUUAAGAUUUGGCCGAACGAAAGUACAAGCAUGGAAGUGAGCGGAUUGCCAAUGGGAGAGAAGUGCCAAGUUCGGUUAAUCGGGAAGUAUGGAGUCACGCAUUUCUCCUACCACACACCAGACUGUGUGAACAUGAAAGAUUGUAUAGAUUACGAAAGGGCUCAUAACCUGUCAGUCAAGGCCGACCCUGCCGAGCACGGGUGGGAUGUGUCCGUGAACUGGACCUAUUUCCACCAGCCUCUCGCCUUCAACGUCACACUUGUAGCAAAACACGUUAAAAGGAGCAUAAAGGUUCCCGGGAACGUAACAUCGGUAGUGUUCGAAGAUAUAGAAGACAGUGGGUUGUAUCUAGUAGUCAUCGCUUCAGUUCUGGAGAAGAGACGGGUCUACACCAGCAGCAGGGCCCAGUUUCCUAUAAAAGUACCGUCUGGUGUAAACCUGGGCCCAGCGCUGGGCGGCACGUGGGGAGCACUGGUGGGCCUGGGCGUCGUGGCUGCGGUUGUGUUACUGCUGUGGCGAAGGCGCCAAGCGAACAGGAUGCAACAUAUCUACUUCCCUCAGGAACCGUUUGAAAAGCCGCGCAAGGAGGCGGGUAAGGCGGGGGACGCCAAGGCCACGGCCAGCCAAGAUGUUUGGGAGUUGAGUUCCGACAGCCUGCUCCUCCACGAGGUCAUAGGAGAAGGUGCUUUCGGCGUCGUCCGAAGGGGCACAUUGGCAUCGCUGGGCAAGGAGGUAGCUGUGAAGAUGCUGAAAGAUUUCCCAUCCCUAGAUGAGAUCCGAUCAUUCCGCACUGAGAUCAAGGUGAUGAAGAGCGUAGGCGCACACCCGCACGUGGUCAGCCUGGUGGGCUGCUCCAGCGGCCGCAAGCCCUACAUCGUGGCCGAGUACUGCAGCAGGGGAGACUUGCUCAGCUACCUUAGAUGCUGCUGGGACUUUAUGGUGACCAAGCGAAACACAAAAUACUUCAACAACAACAUCGACGGGUACGAUUACCGCAAGGAUUUAUUCAAGUUUCCGCUCCAAGGCGAGGACUCCAAACUGGUGGCGAAUAAUUUAUAUGAGCUUCAAGGGGCAUGUGGCACGGAGUUGACCACGAGAGAUCUGCUGUCCUUCUGCCGGCAAAUUGCCAUGGGCAUGGAGUUCUUGGCGGCAAACAGGCUGGUCCAUAGAGACUUGGCCGCGAGGAAUGUUCUGGUGACCAGUGAUAGAACGCUGAAGAUCGCAGACUUCGGGCUGUCCAGAGACGUGUAUGAAGAAAACUUGUAUAAGCAGAAAGGGAACGGCAAGUUGCCCAUGAAGUGGAUGGCGCCAGAAUCGCUGACCCGAAGGAUUUACACUACUCAGAGCGAUGUUUGGUCGUUCGGCGUGGUGAUGUGGGAAGUGGUGAGCGUGGGCGCCAGCCCGUACGCCGGCGUGCCGCCCGCGCGCCUGCCGCGCCUGCUGCGCGCCGGGUACCGCAUGCCGCGCCCCGCCAACUGCUCCCAGCCGCUGUAUGAAGAAAUACUCUCUUGCUGGCGACAGAACGCGCGCGAGCGGCCGACGUUCGUCCAGCUACACGCGCGCCUCGACGAAUUGUUGGACACGGCGUCCGCGGAAGACUACCUCACGUUUGAGCCCGAUCCUGAUGACGUGCCGCGGCUGUCCGCGCACAAAUACGUCAAGAUGUACCUCAAACAAAAGCUUGGUUGGUCUAGCGGGGACGAGUACGAGCGGCCUAUACGAACCGCGCAAAGCAACCACUACUCCACGCCGCCUGCCUCCGCGUGCAAACUACCGGUGUCGUGACUUAGUGUCAUUUUGACCAAACCGAUAUUAAAAAUGGACCAAUACUAAUGUGUAUGUGCAUUGGAUAAUUUUAAAUGUUAAUCAUAAUGGUUCCUACUUUAUGCCGCCUACGUAUGAUGAGUUCGGUUGUAUUUGAAAAGAUAGUUACCAUUUACCACUUCAGUAACCUCUAGCUAGCUAGUCUAUGUAGAUAAAUAAUUUUAAUGUAACUCACUUUUGUAUGAGCUUAUAUCGAAGUGGGACUCGGCUCUAUGACCUUUUGCUUGUUAGUCGACUGCUCAUUAAAAAGACGUUGUGAAAUGAUCCUGCGUUCGAGUCCCACCUGUAAAAGCAGCGAAAUCAAAAGUCAUGAACAGGAUUGUUAUCUAGAAUUAUAAUAUUAUUAUUUAGAUAAAAUUACUCACCAACAUCUGUAAUAUAGCCCACUUAUAAAACAAUACUAAAAGAAACACCGAGAAAUUCAAGUAAAGUCGUGAAUAAUCAAUUCAACGAUGUUUACGUUGAUGAUCUCUUACUUCUAUGUACUUCAAUUCAUAAAUGAAUAUGUACUCUACAACUCUUAUAAGUAAGUAACCGUAUUUGUAGCAUGUAGGUAAUUGUGAAUAAUUUCUGGGUUUAUAUUUACAAUAACUAGUUUACAAUAAAAAAUAUUAGAAUAGUUUUUCAUAAAUGUAACAAUGCCUAUGAGCAUGGCUGUGUGUUGUAAGAAAUGAACAAUGUAUGCGAUUA